CUUGCUAUAAGGACACAAGCGACUCUUAAAUCCAUCCGUUUCUCUAUUUUUACGCAAGAGAUUGGAAGAAACAAACAAACCGAGACCAACGAGUGAGAAAAGUAGCGCGUCUUCGCCGGUCUUUUACAUUAUUUAAAAUAAAUCUCAGACACACUUGGGGGAUCACGGAGCCACCAUGAUAAGAGCUGUGGAUGUUGUGCUGGUUUUGCUGCUCGCCGUGUCCCUGUCGUGCAGGAGCGCCUCUGGAGGGUACGGGAUGAGCACGUUUGCAGCACAGACCUCUCCUCCGGAUCCCUGCUACGACGAACACGGCAACCCGCGGCGCUGCAUCCCGGACUUCGUCAACUCCGCCUUCGGGAAGGAAGUGAGGGUGUCCAGUACCUGCGGCAAGACGCCGAGUCGCUACUGCCUGGUGACCUCUGCCGAGAUAGGAGAGGAGAAAACCAGAAACUGUCACACCUGCGACGCCUCUGACCCCAAGAAGUAUCACCCACCAGCGUAUCUAACGGAUCUUAACAACCCUCACAACCUCACCUGCUGGCAGUCUGAGAACUUCAUCCAGUACCCGCAAAAUGUCACCCUGACUCUGUCCCUCGGCAAGAAGUUUGAGGUAACGUAUGUGAGCCUACAGUUCUGCUCGCCCCGACCCGAAUCCAUGGCUAUUUACAAGUCCAUGGACUACGGGAAAACUUGGGUACCCUUUCAGUUUUACUCUACCCAGUGCAGGAAGAUGUAUAACAAGCCCAACAGGGCCGUUAUCACAAAACAGAACGAGCAGGAGGCAGUCUGCACGGACUCACACACCGACAUCUACCCUCUGACCGGCGGGCUCAUCGCCUUCAGCACGCUGGACGGCAGACCGUCGGCGCAUGACUUUGACAACUCCCCGGUGCUGCAGGACUGGGUCACAGCCACGGACAUUAAGGUCAUCUUCAGCAGGUUGCACACUUUCGGCGACGAGAAUGAGGACGACUCGGAACUGGCCCGGGACUCGUAUUUCUACUCAGUGUCGGACCUGCAGGUCGGAGGGAGAUGCAAAUGCAACGGACACGCAUCUCGGUGCGUAAAGGACCGAGACGGGAAUCUGGUGUGUGAGUGUAAGCACAACACCGCCGGGCCCGAGUGCGACAGGUGCAAACCUUUUCACUACGACAGACCGUGGCAGAGAGCCACAGCCAGGGAGGCCAACGAGUGUGUCGCCUGCAACUGCAACCUUCACGCCCGAAGGUGUCGUUUCAACAUGGAGCUCUACAAACUGUCGGGGAGGAAGAGCGGAGGAGUCUGCCUCAACUGUCGCCACAACACGGCAGGUCGCCACUGCCACUAUUGCAAGGAGGGCUACUACAGAGACCUGUCGAAGCCCAUCUCACAUAGAAAAGCCUGCAAAGCAUGUGAUUGCCAUCCCGUGGGUGCUGCUGGCAAAACCUGUAACCAAACCACAGGACAAUGUCCCUGUAAAGACGGCGUGACUGGUAUCACGUGCAACCGCUGUGCUAAAGGCUACCAGCAGAGCCGCUCGCCCAUUGCCCCCUGCAUAAAGAUUCCAGUCACACCUCCUACAACCCCAUCCAGCAGCACGGAGGAGCCAUCAGACUGUGACUCUUACUGCAAGGCAUCCAAAGGCAAACUUAAAAUCAACAUGAAGAAGUACUGCAAGAAAGAUUACGCUGUCCAAGUGCACAUCCUGAAAGCGGACAAAUCCGGUGAGUGGUGGAAAUUUACUGUCAACAUCAUCUCCGUCUACAAGCAGGGAGAGAGCCGCAUCCGCCGUGGGGACCAGUUUCUGUGGGUCCGUGCCAAAGACGUGGCCUGCAAGUGUCCAAAGAUCAAGCCUGGGAAGAAGUACUUGCUGCUGGGAAAUGAUGAGGACUCCCCUGGCCAGGGUGGAGUAGUGGCAGAUAAAGGUAGCCUGGUUAUCCAGUGGAGGGACACAUGGGCGCGCAGGCUCAGGAAGUUCCAGCAGCGCGAGAAGAAAGGCAAGUGCAAGAAGCCAUAAGCAGGAUGAGAUGGAGAUGAUUCUGAAGAGGGAGAUGAUUUCAAGAAAAAAAGCUGAGCUGGCAAAUAUUAAAAAAUAAAUAAAUAAAUAAAUAAAUAAAAAGAAUGGAAGAGUGACAGACAGAGGACCAUGGACAGAAAAGAGACUGUUUAUGUCGCUGCUUUUUUGUGUAGAAGCAUGAAGAGAAUUAUUUAGGAUGAUAUGUUUUUUUCAGUCGAACUUUUGUUGAAGGAGCUCACCUGGCAGAUUUGGUUUAUUUUACUUUGAGAUUCCUUUCUCUUGUGGAUUUGCACCUAUUACCAGUAUAUAUCAUUAUUUGUUUUGUUCUCAUUAUCCCAAUAUGAAAUCCUUAUAUUUUAUGUUUGAAUUUUAUGGACAUUUUCCGCUGUUGCAAAAAUGACAGAAAGCCACUUACCUACCGCUGCAACUUUGCCUCUGCAUGUUGUCUUGGAAAAUUGUAUUAUUCGCUAAGAAGUGAGCUUGUUUCAACAAAAGAUUUCACUGUUGAGUGGCAAUUGAGGAAGUGAUAUGUAGUUCCUUUAUUGAGAUUUGUGCCAUAAAUGCUAUUGUUUCUAAGCCACAGAAAUGCACACAUUUAGCUGUGAAAGACUUGCCAUUCCUUUCCUGUCUGAAUUUAGUUAUAUUAUGCAAUUCAAGCAACACUAAAUUGCAUGUCUUACAUUUUCAUCUGUCAGGACUUUUACAGUUUUACAACAUGCAAGUGACAGAAAAGAAUCUAUGACAGUAUUGACUUUUAUUUUCAAUCUAAUCAAUCCUGAGCGUCCUUGUUACUUCAACCAGUGCCCCUCAGAUUUCACAGUUAAGCAUUUGCCUAA